AUGCCGCAGUUCCUGGAAGACCCCUCGGUCCUGACGAAAGAGAAGUUGAAGAGUGAGUUGGUCGCCAACAACGUGACGCUCCCGGCUGGGGAGCAGCGCAAAGACGUGUACGUGCAACUCCACCUGCAGCACCUCACGGCGCGCAACCGGCCGCCGCUCGCCGCCGGCGCCAACAGCAAGGGGCCCCCGGACUUCUCCAGCGACGAGGAGCGCGAGCCCACCCCGGUCCUCGGUUCCGGGGCCGCCGCCGUGGGCCGCAGCCGCGCCGCCGUCGGCAGGAAAGCCACAAAGAAAACUGAUAAACCCAGACUGGAAGAUAAAGAUGAUCUAGAUGUAACCGAACUCUCUAAUGAAGAUCUUCUGGAUCAGCUUGUGAAAUAUGGAGUAAACCCUGGUCCUAUUGUGGGAACAACCAGGAAGCUAUAUGAGAAAAAGCUGUUGAAACUGAGGGAACAAGGAACAGAAUCUAGAUCUUCUACUCCUCUGCCAACAAUUUCUUCUUCAGUGGAAAAUACAAGACAGAAUGGAAGUAACGACUCUGACAGAUACAGUGACAAUGAAGAAGAUAAAAUAGAUCUCAAGCUUGAGAAGAGAGAACCACUAAAGGGCAGAGCAAAGACUCCGGUAACACUCAAGCAAAGAAGAGUUGAGCAUAAUCAGAGCUAUUCUCAAGCUGGAGUAACUGAGACUGAAUGGACAAGUGGAUCUUCAAAAGGCGGACCUCUGCAGGCAUUAACUAGGGAAUCUACAAGAGGGUCGAGAAGAACUCCGAGGAGAAGGGUGGAAACUUCAGAACAUUUUCGUAUAGAUGGUGCAAUAAUUUCAGAGAGUACUCCCAUGGCUGAAACUAUAAUGGCUUCAAGCAACAAAACCUUAGUUGUCAAUAGGGUGACUGGAAAUUUCAAGCAUGCAGCUCCUAUUCUGCCAAUCACUGAAUUCUCAGACAUAUCCAGAAGAACACCAAAGAAACCACUGACCAGAGCUGAAGUGGGAGAAAAAAAGGAAAGAAGAGUAGAAAGGGAUAUUCUUAAGGAAAUGUUUCCCUUCGAAGCAGCUACACCAACGGGAAUUAGUGCUAGUUGCUGCAGACCAAUCAAAGGCGCUGCUGGCCGGCCAUUAGAACUCAGUGAUUUCAGGAUGGAGGAAUCUUUUUCAUCUAAAUAUAUUCCUAAGUAUGUUCCCUUGGCAGAUGUCAAAUCAGAAAAGACAAAAAAGGGGCGCUCCAUUCCCAUGUGGAUAAUAAUUUUCCUCUUUGUUGUUGUGGCCAUUUUUUUGUUUUUGGUCUAUCAAGCUAUGGAAACUAACCAAGGAAAUCCAUUCUAUAAGUUUGUUUCUAAUGACUCUAAAAACGUCAACUGAAUGAUAUAUCUUUGGCACAUUCAACUUGGUCUCCUGUUUUUAAUAACUGUAUAAAAAGACAUUUGGGUACACUGUUGACUCAAGAACAA